UUCGUGUUUAAAAUUAAAAAUACUAUUUAUUUUUUCAUCUAGCCUGUAAUUCAAGUAAUAUCAUUUCGUAUACGUUACAAGGUAUCACCGGUCUAGCUCGAGGUUGCGCUAUUGGGAGCACCUGGUGCUGGAUCAAUCCCGCUGCUUUGCUACAUAACUAUUCCGUCAGAGCCAUGUAUAAGAAGUCUGCGUACAUUCUGCGAUCGGCUGGCACAUGUAUCCUCGUCGUUGGAGGCUGCUGGGUCUGCUACGAACUACGUCUUACUUCCCAACAGCUGAGUUCAGUCGUUAACACCAGGGUUUUGAACUUGGAGCAUACUCAGGCCCAAUAUAUUUAUGUAGACGACCCUCACCUGCAACAUGUGCUGUUAUAUCAAAGGAAAGAAGAACUCAAUUCUCCCAUUCCUAAAAAAAAACUCAAUCUCAGCGAUACAGUUGCAAUGUGGUGGAAAUCGGUGAAUAGAACUUUGGCAUAUAGAUUCCUGAACAUUGCUCAAAAUGGGUCCUUAAAUGAUCGACGGAAAGCUGUGUACAGUUUGGGGUACCUUAAACAUCUGAAAGACUGGGACUAUUGGCAAAUUGCACAAAUGCUAGAUGCUAAAACUGCAGUUGGACUUGCAAGGAUACCAAAUGUGGACUUGAGAUUUUUUUUAAAACCACCUUUCUGGGGUACUCAAAACGUUCCGUACGACAUAAUUAAACAAUUGAAACAGCUACUGAUCAAACUAGACACGGUAUGCGACAGCUGUCACCCUUGUCUAUCACGGUUUAUUCAGAACAAGUUGCGGAAUGCCAAUCGGGAACGUCUGUUAUUCGAUAACGAGUUGUCAGCUGUUGGACAAACUGCGACUUCUAAAUUAUGGGAUAAAAUGCUGCUCGAAUGUUGUGUUCAAGCGCUACACCAUCAUUCCUCGCUUGGUGAUCAUAGUAAAGACAUCGCCGAAGCUGGUGGGCUGAAAUUACUCAUGGAUGUUCAAAAAUAUUACGGAGAUGAUGUGAAUAUUUGCAUUCUCCUAGCAAAAAUACUGUCGAAUCUAUCCAUGUACGACGAAUACUUGGUCGACAUCCAUGAAUUGGGAUGGGUCGGUGUAUUAGCUAAGUGGGUCGGUCACAAAGAUGUACGAUUGGCUGCACCUGCAGGACGAGCGCUGGCUAACCUAGAUGCGGAUGAAAAUUCCGAUGAGAAAUAUCCGAGGCGCAUUUAUCUCCUCCAUCCGUUACACAGAACACGUUCGACUACCAAAUUGGAUGUGAUCUUCAUGCACGGCCUUUUGGGCGGAGUAUUUUUCACGUGGAGACAACGAGAUCCGGACAAUUUGAAGCUGGAACUUGACGGCAGUUCUAAGUUGGACUCAGAGGUCAGUAUUGCCGGUGAACAUCCUCAGGAAUUCAUGAGAGAUUUGGCUCACGAUCUCAAAAUGAUAGAGUGGAAACGUAUCGGGCAUGAUUUUGAAGUCGUAUUGACCGACUACCCCGACAAUAUGAAUGACGAAGCGUGUGGCCCAUUCACGUGCAAAGGAGACGAUAUUUCCAUGACACGGGCAGAUCAGGAUAAAAUUCACCGUACGAAAUGCUGGCCGCGCGAUUGGCUGCCGAAGGACGUAUCCUCUCUACGUGUGAUAGGGGUUAAUUACGAUACCAGUUUGUCGAUGUGGACGCCGCUUUGUCCAAUCGAAGGGAUAAAGGCUACGAUCAAAGAAAGAAGUGACGAACUCACCGCAAAACUAGCCACGGCAGGCAUUGGAAAGCGAGGAGUUAUUUGGGUUUGCCAUUCGAUGGGUGGAUUGCUGGUCAAAAAAAUUUUGGUCCGAGAAUGGAAAAAUGGCGACAAAAACAACAUAUGCAAAUCUACGAAGGGAAUCGUAUUCUAUAGUACGCCACACCGGGGCUCACGUGUUGCAGCGUUGAAACAGACAGUCCAGAUGUUCGUAUGGCCUUCCGUGGAAGUGCAGGAACUCAGAGAAGGCUCGUCUCAACUGCUGGAAUUGCACGACGAUUUUUUGAGAAUGCUCAAAGAUUAUCCAAUGGAUAUCGUCAGUUUCAGCGAAACUAAAUCCACCCGCGUUACGGCAUUGAAAUUUCCCCUUCAAUUCGUUAAUCCAGCCUCGUCAGAUCCUGGCGUCGGAGAAUUUUUUGAGAUACCUCUGGAUCAUUUGUCGAUAUGCAAGCCAGCGGACAGACGGUCAUUUUUGUACCAGAAGCUCGUCAGCACCAUAAAACGUCAUCUCAGUUCCCCGUAAGUUGAUAUUUUGGGUGGAACAACGAUG